UUCGCCUAGCACGCGGGCUGGAGAAGCUGGCUUUGUUGCCAAGCUGUGCCCUUAUUCCCCCCAUUCCGAGCUUACCCAGUUUACUCUUGGAAGGAUCCCAGAGCCCUGAUCAGAGCCCAUCAGGCCUUAGAACCAAGAAUUUUGGGAAACGUAGGGCUGAAGUCUCCUCUUUUUCUCCCUUUAAGCCGUGAGCGUCUCACACCAUGGCAGUUCCUGAGACCCGUCCCAACCACACUAUUUAUAUCAACAAUCUCAAUGAGAAGAUCAAGAAGGAUGAGCUCAAGAAGUCCCUGUAUGCCAUCUUCUCCCAGUUUGGCCAGAUCCUGGAUAUUCUGGUGUCUCGGAGCCUGAAGAUGAGGGGCCAGGCCUUUGUCAUCUUCAAGGAGGUCAGCAGUGCCACUAAUGCCCUGCGUUCCAUGCAGGGGUUCCCCUUCUACGACAAGCCCAUGCGCAUCCAGUAUGCCAAGACUGACUCGGACAUCAUUGCCAAGAUGAAGGGCACCUUUGUGGAAAGGGACCGCAAACGAGAGAAGAGGAAGCCCAAAAGUCAGGAGACACCAGCUGCCAAAAAGGCUGUUCAGGGUGGGGCAGCUGCCCCCGUGGUGGGCGCUGUUCAGCCUGUACCGGGUAUGCCGCCCAUGACUCAGGCUCCCCGCAUCAUGCACCACAUGCCAGGCCAGCCUCCUUACAUGCCACCACCUGGCAUGAUCCCACCACCGGGCCUUGCUCCUGGCCAGAUCCCCCCUGGGGCCAUGCCCCCGCAGCAGCUCAUGCCUGGACAGAUGCCGCCUGCCCAGCCUCUCUCUGAGAAUCCACCCAAUCACAUCCUGUUCCUCACCAACCUGCCUGAGGAGACCAAUGAGCUCAUGCUGUCCAUGCUUUUCAACCAGUUCCCUGGCUUCAAGGAGGUGCGUCUGGUCCCCGGGCGGCACGACAUUGCCUUUGUGGAGUUUGACAAUGAAGUACAGGCUGGGGCAGCACGAGAUGCCCUGCAAGGCUUUAAGAUCACGCAGAACAAUGCCAUGAAGAUCUCUUUUGCCAAGAAGUAGCGCCUUCCCCCACGGGGCGUCCCGGUCCCCAUUCUGGGGCUGCCCCUUACCCCCCCCCCCCUUGGCUCAGUUCCUGAAGGUAAGUCCCCCUUGGGGGCCUUCUCAGAGCCACGUGUGAGUGUGUGGUUGCCACACAGCAUUGUACCCAGAGUCUGUCCCUAGACAUUGCACCUGGCGCUGUUGGCUUGUGAUUAAAGUGGUUUUUUUGAGGGUUGGUUUUUCACCACUAUUGUCUGUUUUAUUUUGUCUUCCUUGGUUCCCUCCACGUGGAGAGGUUGAAUCUCCUGGCCUCUGUGGGUUCACUCACAAUCUUGGAAAACACACAUGAGUAUAACGAUAUUAACCACAACUUAAGCUACAUUGACAGCUUCGGCAGGGUGGUGUUUUGUUUUGUUUUGUUUUGUUUUUUUUUUGGUCUCAAAUUAUUGAGGACAGGAAAGACACCCGUGUGCAUUAGGGCAGGUCGUGAGCUGCACAAGGAUACUCCUGCUUCAGAAGUAAUGCACGCUAUUACAGAGGAAUGGCUCACUGAAGACUGUCCCUGUGAAAGAGCAGGACAGAGCUGUUGCUUGCAUCACUAAGGGACUACCAUGUUGUUGCAGACAGGCAAGUGGAAACAUCUCUUUCCACAUUGGCCUAAUGGCUGUGACAUGUGGGUUCUGUGGUUAGCCCAUCUGAUUUGUAGUAGUUUGGGGCCUCCCUAGCUGUCAUUCAGUGGGCAGUUAAGUUUUUUCUUCCUGUGUGAGAACUCUUGUUCCUGCCAUGAUGGUGAUCAUGUUUGUUCCCACGAACACCACCAGGCACCGUGCCAGCAAUCAGCAGAUUCAGUAUAUACUAGCUGAAUACUAGGAGAUGCUGAAUAAAACUUGAGAGCGAAAAUUAAAGCUGAUAGGCAGGCCUAUGGUCCUAGUACCCAGAAGGCUGGGGUAGGGGGAUUGCCCUGAGUUCCCUGGCAGCCUGAGCUGUUGUGGUGGGGCUGUAGAGCUGGGAACAGUAGGCUAAUCAGGGGAAAGUUCCUCUGAGGAGGUGUCCUAGGUGGAGCCGCUAGUGCUGGGUUUGUAGAGGUGUUUCAUUUAUCUCCACCCCCUGAUAAACUCUUUUCUGAAUAAGCCAAUGUGUGACCAUUGCCUGCCUGCCGCGAGGUUGUGCCUGGCAGGCUCAGAGGUCAGGGUGCCCUGAGUCACUGCUGUGAUCUUGACAAGUGACUGAACUUGGGGCCAGUUUUCUCUUCUGUGGGGCAGAAAAUGAAAGUCAAAGCACAGCAGUGUAGAGUGGCCAGUACGGCCCGAAGCGAAGGUGGUCUUGGACCAAGUGCCCCAGCUACUCGGCCACCAGAGUAGCGGCCAGUGCAUUUCUGGAGGCAGUGCCGAGAUCCUGAGGUGGGGGUGCUUUAGUGCUUGAGCUCCUGAAUGUGGUGAGAUGGGGGAGGGGAGUACAGAGUGGGCAGUAGAAGCUGCCUUGGUCACAUGGGUCCCGUAUGAACUUUGUGUGGUUAGCCUGGGUCUUUCAACAUGGCUCUGGUGUUUGUACUUUUAAAAUCCCCUGUGGUUUGAACUGGUGACCUGCUUCAGAAGCAAAAUCCCUGUCUAACUGAAGCCUGAGUUCAGAAUCCUGCAGUACUUUUUUCUAUCUUGAUUUUUUUAUAUUUAUUUUAUGUAUGUGAGUGACCUGUCUUCGUUCGUGCCCACCAGAAGAGGGAAUCAGAUCCCAUUACAGAUGGCUGUGAGCCACCAUGUAGGUGCUUGGAAUUGAACUCAGGACCUCUGGAAGUGCAUCCAGUGUUCUUUACUCUUUGAGCUAGGCUGAGCCAACCCCCUUGACUGCACCUUCCCAGUGUUUAUCAGCAUCUCCCAUCACACCUGGCCUCUUACAUUUCACAUCAACUAAGCAUUGAUCACAUGCAACAGCUGUAACUUUGGCAGUGGGAGGUGUGACGGUAAAACUAGCAACUUUCUUCUUCACAAUUUCACACAAUCUGUUAUUUCCAUACGAAAGCCUGAAACUUUUUGGCUAACCCCCCCCCCCCCCAUAUAUAAAUGGUGGUAGUGGAGCGAUGACUCAGCAGUGAAGACCAUUUGCUCUUUGAGGGGCCCAGGUCUGGUCCCAACACCCUCUUUGGUUCAUAAUUGCCUGUAACUCCAGCCCCAGGGCAUCUGAUGCCCUCUUACGGCCUCCAUAGGCAGCUGCACUUACAUGCACCCCCCCAUAUACAUAAAUAAAAGUUUAAAAAUAAAAUGUUUGCUUGUUUGUGCUUUGUACAUUCCAGAUAGAUUUCAAAUUCCCAGUCCUGCCCAGACUCCCAAAUGCUGGAACUAUAGGUCUACGUCAGCACACUUGGCAGCAUCACUGCUUCUGUGCUGAGUCCACUAUGAAGUGCAGUAAGGAUGACUUAGUCACAGGCAGUUGAACAUAGCCGUGGUCUGCUUCCAUGAAUGAUGAUAACGUGUACAAUGUGCUAGACUGGACACAAAUCUGAUUCACAUCCUUGGCGUGCUGAAAUGGAACUGGGUGGGAUUUCAUGUCAGUAUUCAAAAUAACUUGUAAUUUAAAUUUUAAAAAAUACUUCUAGCUGGGCGGCGGUGGUGGUGCACGCCUUUAA